CUGUUUCAAUGAUUCAUGCAGGAUAUUGAGCAGAGGGUGCCUGUAAUGGAUGCCCAGUACAAGAUGAUCACAAAGACAGCACAUCUCAUUGCCAAAGAGAGCCCCCAAGAAGAAGCCAGCGAGAUGUUUGCAACCAUGUCCAGGCUCAAAGAGCAGCUAGCCAAGGUCAAAGAGUGCUACUCCCCACUUCUGUAUGAGUCUCAGCAGCUGGUGGUUCCACUGGAGGAAUUAGAAAAGCAGAUAACAUCCUUCUAUGACUUACUUGGAAAAAUCAAUGAAAUUAUAACAGUUCUUGAGCGUGAGGCACAAUCUAGUGUUCUUUUUAAACAAAAACAUCAGGUAAGAAAAUUCCUUUUGGGGAGACAUAAUUAUUUUAAAGUACAUAUAAUAAAAUUGCAGUGCUGUUUACAGUAAAAGAAGUGCAGUUAG